AUGAUAGAUGUAUUAUUUGAACCAAAUCCUCGAUUAAAAAAUAAAGCAUUAUUUACUGCAACUGCAUUAUUGAACAUUGAAAACAGAAGAAUAAAAAUUAGUAUAAUUAAUGCAACGAACCGACAACAAACACUUUCCGAAGGAACCAAAUUAGGUAUAGUGACACAAUUAUCUUCUACAAUUUGUGUUACCAUACCAUCAAAUUAUUUGAUAGAACGCAUUCCGGAAGGAAAAGCGUGUAAAGAGCUCAUUCCUGAAGGGAAAGGAGCGAACAAAUCAAAUAAAUUAAAUUGUAACAACAUACCAACUAUAGCAUCACACGGAAAACAACAUCAAUGUCGUAAAUGUUAUCAAUAUUUUGAUACUAGCAAUGAAUUAUUCAAGCAUCUUAGAAACCAAUGUUAUCCUGAAGAAAUAAGACAACAAAUAAAUAAAUUAAUUGAACAUAUUAGUGAUGAUAAACAACGAGAACAAAUUUUAAAAAUGUUAUGGAAAUAUGGAAAAUUAUUUGACAUUAGUGAACCAUCAAAAAUUGAUAUAAUUUUAAAAAAUGCUAUUGAUACUGGUACACACCGUCCUAUUCAUACCCCACCAUAUAGAAAAUCAAACAAAGAUCAGGAAACCUUAAGAAAAGAAACAGAUAAAUUAUUAAAAAAUGGAAUUAUUGAACAUUCAACAUCACCAUGGUCUUCACCUGUCGUUUUAGUAAAAAAGAAAGACGGAACAACAAGAUUUUGUGUCGAUUAUCGUCGUUUGAAUCAAAUUACAACAAAAGAUGCUUUUCCUCUACCAAGAAUUGAUGAUAUUUACGACCAAUUAACAAAAGCAACAUAUUUCACAAAAUUUGAUUUUAAAGCUGGAUAUUUUCAAGUACCAUUAGACAAAUUAGAUCGACCAAAAACAGCAUUUUCAACUCGAGAUGGACAUUUUCAAUUUAAAGUAUUACCACAAGGUCUUACUAAUGGACCACCAACAUUUCAACGUAUUGUUAAUCAAAUAUUAGGUCCAAACAGAUGGAAACAUGUACUCGCCUAUAUCGAUGAUAUUAUUAUUUAUUCACAAAAUUUUAAUGAACAUUUAAAACAUAUCGAAGAAGUAUGUUUAUUAUUACAAGAAGCCAAUUUUAAAUUAAAUGUUGACAAAUGCGAAGUUGCAAGAGCAGAAAUAUUAUUUCUCGGACAUUUAAUUAAAGCAGGUACUAUUAAACCUGAUCCAGACAACAUCCGUGGUUUGACCGAAACACGUGAACCAACAUCAGCUGAAGAAGCAUUUAGAUUCGUCAAAGCAGCAGAAUAUUACCGAAAAUUUAUUCCAAAAUUUUCCACCAUCGCUGCACCAUUACAUAAGUAUUCUCCAACAACAGUACAACAACAAAAGAACAAUAAAAAAUUAAAAUUUGAAUUAUCUGCUGAAGCUAGAACAGCAUUCCACCAACUCAAGAAAAUAUUAACAACUGAUCUUAUUCUUGAUUUACCUGAUGAUACAUUAACAUUUAAAUUACAAACUGAUGCUUCUGUAGAUGGAAUUGGUGCUGUUCUAUUACAAAUUACUUCCAAUGGUGAUCGACCAUUAGCAUAUAUGUCAAAGAAAUUAACAAGAACACAAAUUAAUUGGCCAACAAUUGAACAAGAAUGUUAUGCAAUAGUACAAGCAAUAGAAAAAUGGGACAAAUAUCUUCGUGGACACGAAUUUAUAUUAGAAACUGACCAUGAACCAUUAAUUCAUUUUGCAAACAAAGAACAAUUAAAUAAAAGAUGUGAACGAUGGCGAUUAAAAUUAGCUGAAUAUCGAUUUAAGGUGAAACAUAUUCAAGGUAAGAAAAAUCAUAUGGCAGAUUAUCUUUCAAGAUCACCAGUCGACAUAGCUGAAGAAGAUAUUGAAGAACGAACUCAGUAUGAAUCAACAUCAACACAAACAGAUUUAUCAUUUUCAUCAUUAAAUAAUAAUUUGAUUCCAUUAAAAAUAACAACAGCAAUUACUAGAGCUCAAGCCAAAUUACAACAACAAGCAACGGCAACACCAUCUAUUAAACCGACGAAUGAAAAAAUUAAUGAGCUCAUCCCACAAGGGAAAGUAGCGACUGAUGAAGAACUGAUAAUUAAACCAUCAGAUGAAAAUCCAAAUAAGAUCAUCCCAUUUGAUAUGGAUGACUUAAGAAAAUGUCAAGAAGAAGACAAAAUAAUUCAAGAAAUAAAAAUGAAGAGUAAGAAUAAAAAACAAUAUUUUAUUAAAGAUGGAAUAUUAUUUAGAAAACAACAACUACCACUCCCACCAGUGCCAUACGUUCCAGCAGGACGAAUACGUGCUGAUAUAUUAAAAAUUUAUCAUGAUACACCUGCUAAUGGAGCUCAUUUUGGACGUGACAAAACAAUAAGAAAAAUUCAAGAACGUUAUUAUUGGCCAACAAUGAUAGCAGAUAUUAGAAAUCAUUUAGAUUCAUGUUUACCAUGUGCACAAAAUAAUUAUCGUCGUCAAAAAUUACCAGGAAAAUUAAAACCAAUACCACCACCAGAAGGAAUAUGGAAAUUAUUAAGUAUGGAUUUUCAUGGUCCAAUAACUCCAACAUCAAAAAAAGGAAAUAGAUACAUUAUAUCUCUAACAGAUGUAUUAUCAAAAUUUGUUAUCACAAAAGCUGUUCGAGAUUGCUCAGCAACAACAGCAGUGAAAUUUCUUAUAAACGAUGUUAUAUUAAAAUAUGGCACUCCAACAUGUAUAUUAACCGAUAAUGGUACUCAUUUUACUUCUCAAGUUAUGAACAAAUUAUUUGAAAAUAUUGGAGUCACUCAUCUCUAUUCUACAGUAUAUCAUCCACAGACAAAUGGACAAAUUGAACGAUUCAAUGCAACUAUGGAUGGAAAAAUUGCCGCUUUAUGUAAUGAACGACGUACAGACUGGGAUGAAGUAUUACAAUUUGUUACAUUUAAUUAUAAUACAUCAAUACAUGCAACAACAAAACAAACACCAUUCGAAAUGAUGCAUGGAAGACAAGUCACACUUCCAUUUGAUCAACAAAAAGAAAUUAUUUCGCUCACACAAGAUCCAGAGCACAGUCAAAAAAUUAGAAUAUAUCUCGAAAAAUUAGUAAAUGAAGCUCGAAACAAUAUUAUAAAAAAUCAACAACAAUAUAAAGCUCGAUAUGAUUUACAUAGACAAGAUUUAUUAUUAAAAAUUAAUGAUUUAGUUUUAGUAAAAACAAGAAAUGUUAGAAAUAAAUUUGAUAUACGAUAUGAAGGUCCAUUUAAAAUUAUUGAACACUUAGGGCAUAAAACAUUCGUCGUUCAACAUGUAAAAAAAUUAACAUUAACAAGACAAGUAACAAUGGAUGUUAUCGUUCCCUUGGUGGAACGAUGGAAUUUAAUUCGAUAA